AUUGACGGAACUUCGAAGUUCGAACGACAAGUUGAAGGUUCGGAGAAUUGAAAAAAAAAACUUAAUAAGGUUAUGACUUGAUUGAUCAUUUCUCGUGCUUUCGAUACGAAGUUUUUACUUAACACAUUAAUUUUCUUACUUAAAAAAAGUAUUCAAUGUUUCUAAGAUCAGUAAGUGCUACACUAAAGUGAAAAGUGUCGUGUUGAUUGGUGAAUAUUUUUCAGGAAUAAAUCGAUAAUAUAAUUUCAUCCUGAAUACUCCAACGAAAACGGCAGCUGUCCGAUUUUAUCUACGACUGAAGAGACGAAGAAAAAAAAGAAAAUAGUGUUAAUUAUUAAGUCUGUAAGACUGUAAACUGCCUGUGAUAUAAUUUAUUUUCAAAUUUUAAUUUAUUUCUAAAAGAAUUCUAAAUUCGAAUUAGAAUACAAGACUAGAGAGAAAUUAGAUCUGGCCAUUAACAAAUUGGUUUAGCAAUUAAAAAAAGAAAGUUGAAUCUGUUUUUAUCUGUGGUACAAUGAGAGACAACAUGAAGGCUUGUCAGCACACGCUGUCAGAUGACGUCAUCUACAAAGAGGUCGUUGUUAUCGGCAAUGGUCCUAGUGGUCUGGUGACGUCAUACAUGCUGGCUGGGAACGUGCCAUAUUUGAAGCGGAAUAUUCCUGAUGAACUGCCCAUCGACGACAUGCUGAGAGCCAGAUUAUCCAACCUGCCUCCAGGACAGAAUCUACUAGAAACAGACCUUAUGGAGUUGGCAGAGGGCUUGGAAGGACGGAGUCACAAUCCCAUACCUUUAUUGAUGGACAAUCUGUUGAGGCCCUGCGCUGAUUUAAAUAUUGACGCAGAUUCACUUAUAGAGUGGAAAUAUGAUGUAGAGAAACAGGUGGAGCACGUGGUGCUGGGUCGGGGUCAGCCGGGCGGCUCCUGGCAUACCUUCCCCCCCGCGCUGCGCACCCUCUCCCCCGCACCCUGGCUCGCCCUCCCCCCGCACCGCACCGCACACCCCGCACCUGCCCCGCACUCGCCCCCCGCCCCCCACUCGCCGCACGCCCGCCUCACCGCGCGCGCCCUCGCCAACUACUGCAGGCGAUAUGUACGAGUCAAUAAUUUGCAGCGUUUCUUCCGAUGCGGUGUGACAGUGACGAGCGUGUCGCGAUGUCCGCGCGGUGGUGGUGGUGGUGGUGGCCCGCCCUGCGCGAGCGCCGCCUGCCCCCGCGCCGCCACAUUCUGCGUCUCCGGAUACGACAGCGUGGAGGCGCGGUGCGUGCGCUACGUGUGCGGGCGCGUGGUGGUGGCGUGCGGCGGAGCGGACUCCCCCAACGCACACCUCGCCCACCUCGCGCACCUCGCCCCGCACGCGCUGCACCACCUCGCCGCGCUGCACUCCCCGCCUCCAGAAGUGUCGAGCAGCAGCGAGGCUGCGCUGGUGGUGGGUUCAGGUCUGAGCGCGGCGGACGCGGUGCGCAGUCUGCGCGCGCUGCGCCGCCACGUGCUGCACGCGCACCGCACGCCGCCCGCAGCGCUCGCCCGCCUCCCGCCCGCCGCGUACCCUGACUACUGGGAGAUUUACAAGAUGAUGUGCGACGGUCCGAGCGGCAACCACCACAACUACACGCCUUAUCCCGAUCACGUGGUCGUCGACGUCACACCUCUAGACCCAGACAAUGACAGCAAGUACAGCCUCAAGCGCGUCACACUUCUAGACCUCGCCACAAACCUGACCACACAGGUCACAGUCUCCCUCAUCGUGGUCCUCAUCGGCUCCAGACCUGAUCUCUUCUUCCUCCAGACAAACUUCAAUAUCAACGAUAUAGAAAUAAAAAAAUGCAUCAAAUGUACCAACGAAAAGGAAAACAGAAAAAUCGAAGAAAACCAAAAACAAUGCUUCUUCAAAAACCAUUGGCAUUAUUUCAAAUCUGUAUUAGGACAGAGCAUUCAGAGUUGCAAGUCUAGAUAUUUGAAUUAUACAGAAAUAAAUGGCAACACUGACAAUAAAUGCAAUAAUACCAACUGUGACAAAAUAGAAGACGGUUCUGACAAUUUUAAAUACGAAGUCAUCCCGUAUACUGAUUUAGAUAAACUUAAGUGUGAAUGUCAAACCACAAACCCGUACAGCAGUGGAUUGGGUUUCGGUAUAGAUCCAUUGAAGCCAGUUGAUGGCAGAUCGAAUCCAGUAGCCAUAGACAAGAGUACCCAUGAAAUACUUAACGCUCCCAAAGGAAUCUAUGCUUUAGGACCACUCACCGGAGACAACUUCAUAAGGUUCAUCCCCGGAGGAGCGCUAGCGAUAGUGGCUCACAUACACAAAGAAAUGAAGACAGUAGCAGAGUGAUUUGAUACUUACUCAGUGAAAUAAAUGUGAUUUUAUAUAUACUUAAUUUUUUUUAUAAUAAAUUAUUUUUAUACCC